AUGGAGAUAUGGAUUACCACUAAGUUUGAGCCUCAAGUUGUGUCGUGGAGCAAGUUGUGCUUCUUAGCGGUGGAUAUGGAACCACUCAUUGGUUAUCAAUUUGACGCCGCGAGUUUCGUUGUUGACGAGGAGAAGAAAGCCGCCGUGGUUGUUGAUUUGCUUGAUGUUCCCCGAAAGUCGGAGAUGGUCAUGUUAGCUUAUAUCAUUGGAGAGGAUGGAUACUUCAAAAAAGAGGACUUGCGAGCACCGUCAAACAACUAUUUUUACCCACUCGUGUACCCUUUUGUUCCAAGUUUAGCGCCAAUCAAACUAGGCGGCAAAAGGAAGAGGAAGAGGAAGAAACACCAGAUUUUGUGUUGA